GGGGAAAGUCUAGUUUCGAAUUAGGGUUUGGGGGUAAACACUUAGAGUAUUUCCUUUCCGCCAGUCAUAUCCUCGCCUGAGCCUGAAUUCCCACCUGCACUCGACCCCGCCCGAAAUUGCCCAAAAGAAAAGGCAGGUCGAUGCGCACCUGUCUCUCCGAUAACCUAACAUAUAUGGGUUCAAUCUGUCGGUCCCGUUCUGCUCGACGUAAUCGUACAGGGUGUUGGAAUUGCAAAAACCAAAAGAGGAGAUGCUCAGAAGAACAUCCCUCGUGUAGUCGGUGCGUCCGACAGGGACUGGCCUGCAGUUAUGGCCUUCGGCUUCAAUGGGAGGACGAGAUGAGGUGUGCCGGGAUUGCAUCCGGGAGAGCGGCACAACACAACCGCACGCCAGAGACAACAUAUUACUUACUGCCGGUUCCGCGAGGUAGGUUGCGGUGGUUGCACACAACGGCAGAUGAGGUGCGACGAUAUUCCUACGAGGAUGCGAGUAGAACGCCUGAUGAACCGGCUGACGGACCCUUGGCAGCGCUCAAGCUCUCCCUACCGGCGCCAUUGAGUUCGCUGCCAAGUCUGGAGCACAAUGAUGGCACAUUGCUGCAAUAUUAUAAGCCUUGGAAUAUCGGUACUAAUCCCGACUAACAAGGUGAUAGAUACACAAGAGUGGUCCCCUCAUCGAGUCCUUUCCCAAAAGCUGGAAAACCCAUUCCAAAUAUUGAUACUAUCUCUAGCACAUCAAUCCAGCCACCUCCUGCACAUGGUCAUGAGCCUAGCAGCUCACGAUCUGUUCAACCGAACUUCUGCGGACCAACAGCACCGACGCCA